AUGAGUCAACUGCAGCCAAUGAACCCACCCAUCGGGUGCACGCAAUUCAUCAACCCGCACCAGGAGACCAGGCUCAUCAUCAAGGAGAAGGUCAUGUCCAUCACCGGCGACGCCUUCGACAUCAAGAUUGAUCCGCAGAACGGCCAGCCGCCCCACCCUGUCUUCAAAGUGGACCCUAGCUGGAUCACUAGCCGAAAGUCCUUCCACGAUGUCAACGGCAACCACCUGUUCGAUGUCAAGAAGGAGCACUUCCAUCUGGUCCAUAACUACUUCAAGGCGGUUGAUCCAAGUGGAAAGAAGUUUUUCGAGGUGAAAAGUGGCUUCUCGCUCGUCGGCUCAAAAGCCACGGCAACCUUCACCUCAGCCGCUGCCGGCAAGGAGGAGACGCUCGUCAUGAAGGGCAACUGGCGCGACUCAACGGCCGAUAUCAUUGACGAGACUCGCGGGGUAACUGUUGCCCGAAUCCACAGAAAGUCAAUGUUCAAGAGCUUCACCACUUUUGCUACCGGGCAAAACGAGUACGGCCUGACCGUCGCGCCUGGCGUCGACUAUGCCCUUAUGGCGGCGCUAUGCGUGUGCUUUGACGAGUUUAACAACGAGAGCACAGCAGCGGCCUAG